AUGAACGGCAACAACCCAGAACCCUCCUUGAUGGGUUUCCCCGCAGAGAUGCGUCUGUUGAUCGCAGACAUCCUGCAAGCUGAAGAUCCACCAAGCAUCUUCAAUCUCGCUGCAGUCAACCGCAACUUGUACAUCGAAACAAACAGGUACCGGUUCCGCGACAUCCAACUGAAUUUGGUCACUCGCAAGAAACUGGCCGAGGACCUCUGGAAGGAAAUCCUGCAACGCAAUGACGCCUUUUCGUCUGUUCAGCGGCUCACCAUCCAAGGAUUUCUGCCUCCGAUUCAAGAUGAAAGGGUCAAGAAGAUGACAGUAGUGCCAUGGUCUAGCGCAGAAGACCGUGACAACAUCAACGAGUUGACCAGCCGCGAGGAAUUUAACGACCAAAACUUCGACGGCAAACCCCAUUGGAAACCACGUCCCGAAUACAACGCCUGGCCAGCUUUGCCAGAGUUUGUAUAUCGGCUGCUCGGUCUCAAGGAUCUUGUUUGGAGCUCCCUAACCUUGUUUCCUCCGCCCUUGCUCAACGUUCUCAACAAGAAAUUCCACCAGACAAAUCUGACCACAUGCAAGCUGCACAUUCUGACUUACAAUCUGCCGCGUUACGUCCAACAGUCCGAGCAGCGUUGUGACACCAACUGGUACGAAUACCAUCUCGCGACUUCCCCUUGCUUGUCCAGCAUUGUUCUCUCCGUGGAACAACAGCGCGACGUCCGCAGGCUGAGUCAGGAUGACAAGAUGAUGCUUUACGAACUGGCAACCAGGUUAGCCCCCAACCUAACCAAAGUCAACAUCAUGGAUGUCUCCUCGGAGUUACCUUGCCGCUUGAACGCCGUUCCACGCCCCAUUGUCUCCCAGAGCCUCAAGAGGAAUCCACUACAAGGCUUGAGCCUCAACCUCCGAGUUCUUCAGCUGUGGCAGGCCAACGAAGGAACGCUUCAGAACGCAGGCUCCCGUGAUUAUCCUGCUUUGGGCUCGCUGGCGCUGCAACCAAACAGUGAAGUUGAAGAAGAACUGGUUAGACGGUUCGUUUGCUCCCUCCCCCUCCUGAACAGUCUCCAUCUGUGCGGGAAAUACUCUGAGGAAACUUUCCAAGCAAUCCUGGACUGCCACGGUCAAUCGCUCCGCAAGCUCUGUCUCGUCCCGGUCACUUUGUACGACGAAUUCAACUACCACAGGAUCACGCUCGAGCUUUUGAAGUUGAUUCGAACCCACUGCCCAAACAUCCAGGAUCUUCGUGUGCCCACCAUUCGCAGCGCAGGGGGAAGAGAGGAAUGCGACCUCUACCGCGCUCUCGGUGAAUUCCCCAAGGUCACCAACCUCACUCUGGAGCUGCAGCAAUGCGACGAAAUUCCUGAUAUGGAUCCCGGAGUGUUCAGAGACUUCGUUGAAAGAGAUCGUCGGCGUGAGCUGAACAUCAGACAAUUUUUCACUAACAUUGCCGUAGACGAAAGCGUCCAUCCAGAACGGAACUACAAAAUUAACCGCCAAAUCACCAGGUUCAUGAGCCGCCAGUACGUUGCCUUCCGUUGCGAUGGCGACAGAGUCGUCGUGCGUGAAAUUGGAGUUAAGUCCCGCAAAAUAAAGGAACAUGAGAGCCCAUGUUUGUUGGGUACGUAUUUUGCAGAGCGCGGCUACAUUGGUUUCUUCGGCGUCUUCCCUCAGCCGGAGGUCAUCAAAACCAAAGAUCAGAUGACGGAAAAUGAAAUUGAACGUGCUAUUCGCAACUUGAAGCUUGAUUUUGCAUCCGACAGCGGCGGCAGAUGGGAGGAUGAGCCCAAGGAGAGGCUCAUCAAAGAGCAGCUAAUCCGUGAGUUCAAGCGGCUCCACCCCGGCUUGUAUGAAUGGAGUGAAGCACACGAUGCGGCCGAAGCACGCAAGGAGGAAGCCAAGAAGCGAGCAGCAGAACAGGAGAAACGACGAUUCAACAAGUGGACACGCGAGAACCCCAAAGCAUACCAGGACUAUCUUCGGGCUCGGCGUGAAGCCAAGCUGAAAAAGAAGCUUGAAGAGAAGAAGGCUGCAAAGGAAGCUAAAGAGGAGGCCAAGCGGAAGGCUGAGGCGCAUGCCCGACACAUGGCCAACCCGAACAGAGAUUGGGGUGAUGAUUCGCUCGAUGGCAAGAAUACCUGGAACAGAUGGCCUGUUUCCAAUGUGCCCAAGCUUGACCCCAAGAUGGCUGGUGACUGGUGGAACAAGUGGUACAGUUUCCCUUUGACUGACCUCCCGCCUGAGAAGCUUUACGAUUCGCCGUAUUAA